AUGACAUCUUUAGUUUAUCACGAUUAUUCCAGUUUCCUGAAUGGAACUACAUUUUCCGAAAUUUUCAACAACUUCAAUCAAGUUGAAGGAUUGAAUUAUAUUGAAAAAUUAUGGGGAUCUUACUAUUAUUAUAUGAAUAAUGAUCUAUUUGCAACUGGAUUAUUAUUUUUCUUAACUCAUGAAAUUUUCUAUUUUGGUAGAUGUUUACCAUGGGCCAUAAUUGAUAGAAUUCCAUAUUUCAGAAAAUGGAAAAUUCAAGAUGAAAAAGUCCCAAGUGAUAAAGAACAAUGGGAAUGUUUGAAAAGUGUUUUAACUUCUCAUUUCUUAGUUGAAGCUUUCCCAAUUUGGUUCUUCCAUCCAUUAUGUCAAAAGAUUGGUAUUAGUUAUCAAGUUCCAUUCCCAAAGAUUACUGAUAUGUUGAUCCAAUGGGCAGUUUUCUUUGUUUUGGAAGAUGCAUGGCAUUAUUGGUUCCAUAGAGGUUUGCAUUAUGGUGUUUUCUAUAAGUAUAUUCACAAACAACAUCAUAGAUAUGCUGCUCCAUUUGGUUUGGCUGCUGAAUAUGCCCAUCCUAUUGAAGUUGCUCUUUUGGGUUUGGGAACUGUCGGUAUUCCAAUUGUUUGGUGUAUCAUCACUGGUAAUUUGCAUCUUUUCACCGUUUCCGUCUGGAUCGUUUUAAGAUUAUUCCAAGCCGUUGAUUCACAUUCCGGAUAUGAAUUCCCAUUCUCAUUACAUCACUUUUUGCCAUUCUGGGCUGGAGCUGACCAUCAUGAUGAACACCAUCAUUAUUUCGUUGGAGGUUAUUCUUCUUCCUUCAGAUGGUGGGAUUAUGUUUUAGAUACAGAAGCUGGUCCAAAAGCUAAGAAGGCAAGAGAAGAAAGAGCAAGAGCAAAGGUUGAAAGAACUCAAAAGAAGAAUUUAUAG